ACGUCAACAAACGAUACGGUACAUAUCAUAUUUUAUAAUUUUUUUUUCAGAAAACAAAUAGCAAUGGCGUCUACGGCCUUCGAGAGCGACCUCGAUCCUCCGAAUGUCGAACAAGACAGCAACUACGGGCCUACCGGUAACAACAAUAGCCACAACAACCAUAGAGGCAUAAAUGGCAGAAAUAGCAAGCGGAGGCAAUCGCAAAACAGCGAUAAUCUUAUGUUGCAGCGAAACAGUACAAAGUUAAAUGGGACAAACCUAGAACCCCAGAACUAUCGCUACGGGAACCUAGAACCGCAAAAUAGUUAUGGGCAAAGCUACAGCCCUUUCCCGACGAGCAUCGACGAUGCGGAUCCCUCGUCGCUGUUCAACAGCCUGACGGCCGGUUUUUGUUCAACUGCCGCUGCCGCGAGUGGAUCCUUCUUUUCUUCGAUAUCCUCCACGGACUUGGAAAACGACCCAGAGCUUACUCCCGGCCGCGGCAAUAGCAACAACGACAACAGCAACAGCAACAGCAACAACUCAUUUGGGAUGCGCUGGAGCGAAUUGUUUGGGAGCUUCAGCAGCCAGCGGAGCAACAGCAGCAGAAGCGGAGGAGGAGGAGACAGACACAACGACAGAAGUGAAAACGGGAACAAACCCGCGAGGAGAACGAGCAGCAUCCUCGGGGCUUUAGAUAGCGGGAACUGGAGCUUGUUGUUUGAUCCAUCGGAUUGGAACGGCGAUAUGCUCGGAAAAUUGCAGGGAGAACAAGACCAGACAGAAGAGAAAGCAAACAAACAUGAUGAAAAUGAUCAAUAAAAACUAGAACAGCAACAGCAACUGCGGAUUUCAACCAAGGUUGGGGAAAACGCUGUUCAAAACGCAGAAUCAUUACAUACCAUGUCGGACGAAAUGGCUUCUCUAUUGCCAAUUCCCAUGCCCUUGAACACGACAACGAGCAAAAACGGUGGUACUGCCAAUAUAAAUCUCAACGUGAAUGGUAAUGCCACUUUCAAUUGCAAUGGCAGUGCCAAUUCACAACAGCAGCAACAGCGCCUACACGAACAGAAUACGCACMAGCAGCAUCAACAACAGCGCAACAUGCAAGUGCGUUCAGCAGAGAAAAUUCAAGGCAACGACAAAUUUUUGAUUACCAGCAAGCUCGAGAAUAUUUCGGUGCAAGAAAAAGAAAAAGCCAAUCUGGAUGUGCACGGAAUCAAUAUCUACGAAAAGGAAGACCCGGUCGUUCUGGAGCAGAAGCUUCGAGAAAUGCAUCGCCAUAUCAUUGCCGAAUACUGCAGGUCCACCACGACGGUCUUCAAGGAAGCCAAUCGCAACCGCAGGCAGCCGAGUGUGACAACGACAACUGCAUCUUCAGCGCUGGGCUGGACUUUUGCCAACCACCCGGAGUACGUCAAGCAGGAUUGCAUCAAGUUCCUGCGGGCCGUGGGAAACUACCACCCCAAGACUGCAGCGAAAAGAAUGUCGGCCUAUUACGAAGUUAAGCGACUUUAUUUUGGGCACCAUCACAACAGAAGCAAUAGCAGUGGCAACAAUUAUGGUACAAACGGGAGCAGGAAUGAGGACGAUGAGAUAUUGUGCCGAGAUAUUCGGUUGUCCGAUUUGACGGAGGAAGAUCGCAGCUGCCUACCAAGGGGACCGAUGCAGCUUCUAGAAGAGAAGGAUAGGUCUGGACGAAUUGUAACGAUGAUGUUUGGAAAACUCCUUGAAGACCUGCCGUUAGAGUCGUUGGUGCGUACCCUCCGUAUCUAAUUUUGUAUCCAGCUGAUUGUACAAUGGGUUUGCGUUCUUGGUGUUGUGUUGGGUGCAUCGUGGGAUGCUGCGUUGCAUUUCAGGUGAGUUGUUUUUCCGUUGUGUACUCCUAACUUGAUAUCGUGUUCUAUGGAAUGUUCCUUCUCGUCUUCGACAGGCCCGAAUUAUCCUUUACGGAAGCCAGAUUAUGACCAAGGACGAAGCCAAUCAAAUGGCUGGGUACGUCCACAUCGUGUGGGCCCAUGGAAUGAAGUCGAACAUGUCGGCACCUAGGGCCUUGCUCAAGACAAAGAUGCUGCAGGAGGUCAGAAAAUGUUUGCCGAUCCGAUGUGUUGCCAAACACUUUUGUUACGACAAUCCGAAACUGGACCGGGUGCUUUAUGGGGCUUUAGUACACGGACUAGACGCCUUUCAGGUGGUCCGGACAAGGUUUCACCGAGGAUCGGUUACGGAAUGUGUCUACAAUCUCAUGACGUAUGGAAUAUCACAGGAGAGUAUUCCCAUCGUGAUGAAUACAAAGGGAAAGUUGAACACUUAUAUGAUGGCGAGUAACAAAUGCAAACACAACAA